GCCAUUUUAGAAAGCGCCCGGACGGGGCUGCGCUCCUCCCAGCGGGGGCGCGGCGCUCUGCAGCCGUCCGUCGGCACGGCUCGGCCUGACCUCCGCCGGCUGCCGUAGGCUGAGCGCGGGGACAUGGCGGCGGCGGUGGUGCGAGGGGCUCUGGCGGGGAUGCUCCGGCCGCUGGCGCGCUGGGCCCCGCUGGCUGCGGGGCGAGCUGCGUCCGUCCGGUGUUGCCACGGCCGAGCGCGGGCUGCGGCUGUGCUGGCGAAACCGCUGUCCCUCAGGAACGUGCCCGGCGGGGCCCCCCCCGCGCUGCUCAGCAGACUCACACCUCUACUUCCAAGCAUACUUCAGCAGCCGGUGAGGCCCCUCACGUAUUGUGGCUUACGGAAGGGGAAGAGGAAGAGCGUGAAAGCCGUCGUGAAGAGGUUUCUCCGACUGCACAAUGGUCUUUGGGUUAGGAGAAAGUCUGGUUACAAGAAGAGAUUGUGGAAGAAGUCUACUGCCCAGAAGAAGCGCUUGAGAGAGUUUGUGCUGUGCAAUAGAACACAAUGUAAACUCCUAGAUAAAAUGACCACUUCUUUCUGGAAAAGAAGAAAUUGGUAUGUUGACGAUCCCUACCAGAAGUAUCACGAUCGCACCAAUCUUACUGUGUAAAAUCUGUAUUUUUUUUUUAAUAAAUAAACUUAUGCAUCUCACCUGCUGAGAAUGAUGGCCCGGAAUAAAGGAAUACUAAAGACUA